GGUAUGGAUUGAAGCUGGAUCAGAGAACGUGAGCAAACAACGCCAAAACCGGGCAGCAAUAUUGGCCCUGGCCGAUCAAAUAGUCCCUGGACAUGGGCCUAUGUUUAGUGUUCAUAAGGCCAAAGUGAGCUAAGAUGGCGUCUUCGAUUCGGGAAGUAUUCCGAAGAGAGGGGUUCAUCACUCCAAUUCGAGUGUUAUCCGGAGUCGAGGCCCAGCGAGCCUUUCAAGGAUUCGAGAACUACCGUAUCAAGUAUGGCGUCAAUGGCGUACUACAAGGUGAUUUGCGGUUCAGGGUUCAUCUUUUGGCCGGAUGGGCCCAGGAAAUAGUUCAACAUCCUGUCUUGGUUGAUCAUGUUCAAAAGGCCCUGGGCUCUACCGAUAUCGUUUGUUGGUCCACUGAUUUGAACAUUAAGCCAGCUCAAAGCCAGAGUUACUUCUCGUGGCAUCAGGAUUCCACUUAUGCGGGGUUGGAGCCUGCGGAUCAAGUCUUAACCGCGUGGGUGGCACUCACUCCUUCCAAAGCUGAAAGUGGGUGUGUAACCUUUCUACCCCGCACUCAUUUUCAGCAAUAUGAACACGAAGAGAUGGCUUCAACUCACAAUCUCCUGGCGUUUGGGCAACGAAUCAAAGACAAAGACCUGAUUGAAGAGUGCAAAGAACGGCAAGUCUUGGCCGAACUAAACCCCGGGAAUGCUAGCUUACAUUCCUUCCGGUGCAUUCAUGGAGGUGGUCCAAACGCGUCUGUACAAGAUCGAGUAGGCUUGGCCAUCAGAUACAUGACCUCCCGCGUUUCUAAGAUUGAAGCAGUGGCUAAAGAGCGGGUCACGUUUGUGUCUGGCAUGAGUUCGUCUGAUUCUUCUAAUUUCGAUUUGGAACCCAAUUUGAACCACCUGCCCGAUUACGAUCCCGUUCGUUGGGAGCAACAUCAGAUUUCGAUGAGCUUGGAACGUCAAAACUACUUCAAAGGGACUGAGGAAACAAAUUGUUUUAAGUGAUUUUCGUGCAGCUUGAUCAGCUAUAAACCAUAUGAUAAGACAUGCUGUUUUGGAAAACACGCUAUUGAUGAGUUUGAAAAAGAGCUUUCUAGGGGCAAUAUUAAAAAAUGCCAUAAAUAGAGCAAUGUACUUUUCGAAAUCUAAGGAACGUUAUGUUACAAAAUAAAGCGUUUGUUAUCAUAUCAAAA